UAUACAUACCACCAAUCUUAAUCUAAAUAUGAUAAAUUGUUAAUAAUUUUUGUUCAACAAAUAGUCAGUUAACUAUCGGGAAUACAUACAUCAAAGAAAACCACGGGAUUCAUUAAGGAUAAAGAAUAUAAGAUAUCACGGCUUUAAUCACUGGCGAGCAACGGAACGGCUCUUCUCGAAUAUGACUGUGCCCCACAUAAAAUGAAAAUGCACCAGCGGACAGUACCCGAAAAAAUCUGUGCCCAACCCAACCAAAAUUAGUUCAUUAUAUAUAAUUUAGCUUUGAUAAAUCAUAAAAGGAGGUGAAGAUAUUGAUUGGAAAUUUGAAAAGAUUGUACUGUAGUAAUUUUGAAUUAGAUACCGUAUUUUUAUAUCAUAAAAUAUAUAACCUGCAAUGACUCCAGCUCCUCCUAAAAAUUUCCAUACUUCGAAUCCCGAAACUGAGACGGCUAUAGAUCGUACCAUUCCGGAUUUUCCAGCUGCUCAAUUGAGUGAUGAAGAUAAGUAUUUUACUCAUCAUAAACCUCCUUCAUACCUUCCUGAUCUUGAAGAUGAAGUCAAAGAAUUCAUAGAAUAUCAUCAAAGGAAUACUCAUAAAAGAAUUGUAUUAGUUACAAGUGGUGGUACUACUGUACCAUUAGAAAAUAAUACCGUUAGAUUUAUUGAUAAUUUUAGUGCUGGUACAAGAGGUGCAACUUCAGCUGAAUACUUUCUUGAAAAUGGUUAUGCAGUAAUAUUUUUACAUCGAGAGUUUUCAUUAUUACCUUAUUCAAGACAUUAUAGUCAUACAACCAAUUGUUUCUUAGAUUAUAUGACUGAAGUUAACAAUAAAGUUGAAAUUAAUCCUCAAUUUGCUGAUGAAAUGUUAAUUGUAUUAAGAAAAUAUAAACAAGCCAAAGAAUCAAAUUCAUUAUUAUCAAUACCUUUUACAACUGUUAAUCAAUAUUUAUAUACUUUAAAACUGGUAAGUCAAAUUAUGGAAAUUGUUGAAAAGAAAGCAAUAUUUUUCUUAGCUGCUGCUGUACUGGAUUUCUUCUUACCUCAAUCUAGAAUGCCAACUCAUAAAAUUCAAUCUCAAGAAUCAGGAGGCAAAUUAGAAGUUAAUUUAGAGCCAGUACCUAAAUUCUUAAGUAGAUUGGUUGAUAAUUGGGCUCCAUCAGCUUUAAUUGUUUCAUUUAAAUUAGAAACUGAUAAUUCAAUUUUAAUUAAAAAGGCUAAAAAUGCUUUGGAUAGAUAUCAACAUCAAUUAGUCAUUGGUAAUUUAUUACAAACAAGAAAGAAAGAAGUUGUAUUUGUUACUCCAAGUGGAGAAAAUAGUUGGAUUAAAUUAACUGAUGAUCAAAUAUCUAAAGAAGUUGAAAUAGAAAGUCUCAUUAUACCUCGAGUUAUUGAAAUUCAUACCCAAUGGAUUGAAAAUAAAUAAAUCUUAACUUUUCUAUAAAGUUUGUCUAUAUACAAAAA